UGAUGUGCUGCCUCUGGAACGUGUCGUACUGCGAUUCCCAGCUGUCCGCGGUCGGCCAGGAAGACAUCAGGGUCAGCAUGAGGAACAUCAGCAGCACGGCGCCAGGAGCCAGCACUGUCCCAUCUGCUGCCGCUGCCCAGGGCGUCGGAGAUGCCUGGUUUUGCCUGGUGAGCCCGACUCCUUUCCUGCAUCCUAAAACUUAAGCCUGGGCACUUACACAUGCAUCUUAACUCUCCCGCUCCUCACUCCUCUCUCCGUUCUGUUCCCUGGGAGAAUAAUACAGCCUAAAAAAAAGUAACUCCAAAUGCAAAUUUUCCCAUGGUUAAACUGAAACACCACUCUCGCUGUCUAUGGAUAAAUACAUAGGGAUACAUCAAUAGAUAUGUUAAUGGUAUUUCAUUUAAAUGAUGGGCAAAUGUGGAUUUGUAACUAAUUUUUGCUGCAUAAGAAAGCAGGGAUAGUACGAUCUUAUGGCAGUGAAAAUAACUGCACCUAAAAACGCAUGUAGACACUGACAGGGCAUGUUAAUUUUGCUGGGCUAGCCCAGCCAGCCAGGGGCCAGAUCCUCUGCUUCUGCCAGCCCCUUUGCUGCCCAAUGCCGCCGCCCAGAGCCUGGGGCUGAGCCCCACGGCCUGCUGCCACGGCUAGCACGGGAUUGCUCGGCCCCGGGCACAUGAAGACGCUGCACCCAAGAGCAGCCGAUACCAGCACGAAGUGCGCCAGGGUUUAUCAUGUAGACAUAUCCACUGAUGUUGUAGGGACCUUAAGUGUAUUGUGGGGCCAUUUCCGAUCACUGUCCCAGCACCAAGUCUUUUAACUUAGCUGCGGCAAUGCCCAAGGGGAAAAACAGAAACACCAGCAGCCGCCUCUGCCCGGGCCCGCCCCUUCCUCCGCCCCGCCCCGCCCCGCCCCCUGCCCGCGCCCGCCCUGCCCGGGAGCGAGUGCGCGGGGCGGGGCCCGGUCCCGAGCUCCCACGGCGGGGCGGCUGCGCUGUGCUGUGCCCUUGCCCGCAGGGACCAGGUGCGCGUGGCCGAGGCGGGCGGCAUUACAGGCAGAACAGCAGCAGCUGCGGGAGGAGCCGGUCCGAGGCGGGGAGAUGCGGGGGCAGGAGCGGAGCCAGGCCAUGCCGCCCCCGCCUCAGCCCCAGGACCCCUCGGAGACCCCCCCGCCGGCACCGGGGCACGACCUCCCCGCCCCGCACGCCUGGCGCCAGCGCUUCCGGGGCCUCCGCUACCGGGAAGGCGCGGGGCCGCGGGAGGUGUGCGGCCGGCUGCGGGAGCUGGCCCAGCGCUGGCUGGAGCCCCAGCGCCGCAGCAAGGAGCAGAUGCUGGAGCUGGUGGUGCUGGAGCAGUUCCUGGCCAUCCUGCCCCGGGAGGCGCGGAGCUGGGAGUGGGGGCGCGGCGUGGAGACCUGCGCCCAGGCCGUGGCCCUGGCCGAGGGGGUUCAGCUGGGGCAGGAGGAGGACGAGACGCUCCAGGUCACAGUGAGUGUGAAGGCCGAGGAGGUGUCCUCAGACAAGAUGCAGCUCGUGGGGACAUUGCAGGAACCUGAUGCUUCCUGGCCGGCGCAACCGAGGACCCGAGGUGUGGACGGGCCUGUGGAGGAGUGGGGAGAGAGGGAAACCCUGGGGCCUGGGGACAAGCUACCUCGUGUCCCCAAAGAGGAGCCCUUGCCCCAGCAGGAGUCAGAUGUGCCCAACCCCGAGGAGACCGGGGAGGUGUCAGCAGACAACAGCUGCUCAGGCUGGUGCCCCAGACGAGGCCCUUCCCCAGGUGAAGGUGCUGGCACCCUGAGCAGAGCGGAGCAGCAGCUUCCUGAGGAGGGGCCUGGAAACCUGGAGCUGCAGAGGACUUCCCCAGGGAGACCGGAGGAGAGGAGCUCCCUGACACCUGAGCCGGGCCAAAUGCAGAGAGGGCAGGGCAGGCCUCCAAAGCAGGAGGAGAGCUGGGAGCUCCCGGAGGUGUUUGAGUACGUGGCCGUGUAUUUCUCACGGAAGGAGUGGGAGCUGCUGGAAGAUGACAACAAGGUGCUUUACCGGGACCAGAUGCUGAAGAAUUACCAAGCCCUCGUUUCCCGGGGUUAUCGAGGUCCCACACCUGACUUAAUCUGCCGCAUCCAGCGAGGAGAGGUGGAGCUGUGGGUUUGUGAUGAUGAAGAUGGUGGAGAUACCUCAAGGUUGGAGGACCUGCUGCCAGGAGGUGCCUGGCUGCUGCACAGAGCUGAGAAGCAGCCUCCUGCAGAAGGGUCUGCAGACCUGGAGCCAGCAUGGACUUCCCCAGGGAGUUUGGACGAGAUGGACACCCCGAGACCAGAUAAGGACCAAUGGCACAAGAGUCAGGGGAGGCCUCAAAAGGAGAAGGAGAAUGUAGCAGUGAACCAGGUACCAUCUGCAGUUGGGUGUGAGAGUGGAGAAGGGGCAGAGCCCGGACAGAGCCCUGGGUGCAGAGAAGAAGUGGAUCUGGGAGAGCUGAAGAGCCCCUGGAAAAAGGCACUGCAUCCGGAUGAAAGCCGUGGGGAGGGUGUCGGGGGGAAUCAGGAGCUCACGGCCAGGCACAGGGGCAGAGCCCACCCCUGCCCUGAGGUCAGAAAAACCUUUAAUUGCCCCUCACCCCUGGCUCAACACAAGAUGAAGCAUACUGGCAAGAAGCCCCAUGUGUGUGCCAAGUGUGGGAAGAGCUUCACCUGGUCUUCCCACCUCAUCCAGCACCAGUUCACGCACACAGGGGAGAAGCCACAUAGGUGCUCAAAGCGUGGGAAGACAUUUACCCGCUCCUCUCACCUGGCUCGGCACCAGCGCAUGCAUGUGGAAGAGAAGCCAUAUCAGUGUUUGGAGUGUGGGAAGAGAUUCCCUCAAUCUUCCCAUCUGGCCAAACACCAGCUUUUCCACACAGGGGAGAAGCCACAUCGGUGCUCAGAGUGUGGGAAGAGCUUCACUCACCCCUCCACCCUGAUCCGGCACCAAAUGAUCCACACAGGGGAGAAGCCACAUCGGUGCUCAGUGUGUGGGAAGAGUUUCACCCGCUCCUCCAACCUGGUCCAGCACCAGAUGAUCCACACAGGGGAGAAGCCACAUCGGUGCUCAGAGUGUGGGAAGAGCUUCCUUUCCUCCUCUGACCUGGCCCGACACCAACGCAUCCACACAGGGGAGAAGCCACAUCGGUGCUCAGAGUGUGGGAAGAGCUUCACCUGCUCUUCCAACCUGGUCCAGCACCAGAUGAUCCACACAGGGGAGAAGCCACAUCGGUGCUCAGAGUGUGGGAAGAGCUUCACCCGUUCCUCCCACCUGGUCCAGCACCAGAUGAUCCACACAGGGGAGAAGCCACAUCGGUGCUCAGAGUGUGGGAAGAGCUUCACCCGCUCCUCCCACCUGACUCAGCAUCAGGUCAUCCACACCCGGAAGCAUCCAUAGUUUUGGGGGCAACGCAGGAAAGACCUUGGGUAUGUCCACCUGCUCAGUGCCACCAGUGGCUGCCUUGAGGCAAGCAGCCUCGUGCUGGUGGACUGCAGCAAGAGUUCACCCAGCCUUGGCCCCUUCUAUGGACUUGCAGACCCCACAGGAGCCAGAGGCUGCCCCCAAGGUUUGAUGUGGGGAGGGGCUAAGAGGAAAUACCUGAGGCAGAGGCCAGUUUAGAUGGUGUAAGAACUGGUGGGGGAUCUCUUUGCAUCAGGCUCUUUGGAGCCCGUGUCUGUGCCAUCAUUCUCUAAAAGUGAUCUAUGCUUCAAAGGGGAAAGAAAUGGCUCCAAAAUAGGGUGCCUGUCCAAGACAACUGGCUCCAAAAGACACCCAGGGACUGUCCUUGGCCAGCUCCCACCUCCCUCCUCCAUCCCCCCACCGGGAUUCUCGUAUGUCAGGCACCAGAGUUGCAGGAAACAGGACAUUUAUGGCUGGGGAAGCAUUUCUUGUCCUCCGCCCUGACCUCACCUCUCCUCCCCACUACAUCACCCCUCCCUAGACCUGCACAUGCCCAUCGUGGUCUGCAAGGAGCUCAGCUGCCACCUCCUGAGUCCAGCGUGGCAGGUUUUGCUUCUCAGCCCCUCUUCGGAGGGUUAAAAAAACCCACGGGUGCUGGAGGUGCCAUGUCCUGCUGUCAACUCUGCAGGAUCACACCUUGCUGACAGAUUUGCUUAAUUUUUAUACUGUUUCGUUAAGGCAUUUUACUUGAUGGCUGGUCUAUUUAAGUCUGAACAAAACAGGGAGGAAAAGGUUGAUUAUCAUAUCACAGUUCAUAAUUGCCGGGCUCCUGUUCUUGAUUGUCUAGGUGUAAAGACUGUAUCUGUGGCCCCUGUAAUAAUGGGUCAAUCACAGAUGAUGGGCUUUGAGUGUCCGACAGGAUACUUAGAGGUGUCACCACCAAACCUGUUUUGGGGUGCUUGUAUAUCAAUGGGGAGCUUGUACUGGUGGUAGUCUAUUUACCAAACUGCAGACAUGCAGUGAAUGGCUUGGACAUUUCUAACACCUUAGAGUGACAUUGGAUUCCUGGUUUGAGCAAUGUGAGACUGUCGGCGACAGAACAUCCUCCCUGUAUUCAGUGUACCUUUUACAGGUUUCUUUUGAGAUGCAUAUAUAGCCUCUUGUUUUCUUUAGCUGCUAGGUCAAUUGAAAUGCAUAUGUGGUUUCCUUGUCUUCACUGGCUCACCUUUCUUUAAAGGGCUUUCUGAGGUACACACGUGUGAUGAGCACAUCGGGUCUCUGCCAACAGUUUUAACCACAUUUAUUAUUGUCUGGUCUUGGGUACCGCAAGCACUCCACUGUCUCAAUGCCUAAUGGGUUACAAGCCAUUAGCGGAGUUUGAUUUUCUGGUGGCAGUCUUGUUACCACAAUCCAAUCUUGCCCCAGCCACUGUCGUGCACUGUCCUGCACUUUUAUUUUAUGUCCAAACUUUCAUGGUUUUCAUAUUUCAUUGUUGUUGAAUGUGUAAGUGGCUGUGCAGGUUGGGGGCAACACAUAUAGGUGAGGGGGUGUAUGUCAAAGGAACUGAAAUCCUCACUACCCCUUUCCAAGAGGGGAGCAUGGGUGCACAUCAGUUAAGGUCACAUGAUAUGUCUGCACAAGGCCUGACUUCAGGCCGGCUUCCUAAAUGCAGUUCCCACUGUUUUUGUGACGGAGUCUUAUGGAGAAGAGGAUCGUGUGUUACAGAAGUAUGUGCGUAAGCAUUUUGGUCAGUGCCUCGACCAGGGUGGAAUAGGAGCAGAAGGAGGCAUCUCAGUUUACUAGGGCCCCUACUAGCCAAAAUGUGUCUGGCCCCGUGUGGGGAUGCAGGCAGCCUCACUUGCUGCGAAGAGAAAGGCCAAAUGGCUGCUUGUGUCCCAAGUCACUGAUGAAGAUGUUAAACAGUGCGGGCCUGAGGACCAAGCCCUGGGGGACCCCACUGCUCACAUCUCGCCAGGUUGAGAACAUCCCGUCCACCACUACUCUCUGGGUGCGCCCCAUAAGCCAAUAUUUAACCCAUCCAAUUGUGCAGGCAUCAGUGCUGCUGUCACUUAAUUUAUUGAUGAGAAUGGGGUGAGAGACAGUGUCAAAGACCUUCUUAAAGUCUAGAAAGACUAGGACCAUGGCGACACCAUCAUCCAAGGAUUUAGUUACUUGGUCGUAAAAGGCAAUCAGGUUUGUGAAGGCAGGACCUGCCCUUGAUGAACCCAUGCUGACUGCCCCUGAGCAUGAUCUCUUCUGCAGGCCCCCCACAGAUGUGCUCCUUGAUGAUCCUCUCUAAGAUCUUCCCGAGGACUGAGGUGAGGCUUACAGGCCUAUAUUUACUUGGGUCCCUUUCCUCCCCUUCUUGAAAAUUGGGACCACCUUAGCCAGUUUCCAAUCCCCCGGCACCAGCCAGGUGACCAUGACUGCUCAUACAGCUGGGCCAAGGGCUCCGCGAGGGCCCCUGCCAGCUCCCUCAACACCCUUGGGUGGAGGGCAUCUGGACCUCCAGAUUUAAAAAUGUCUAGCCCUUCCAAAAGAUCCCUAACUACAUCUGCGCUGACUGAAGGCCUGACAGAGCUAUCCCCGAGAUUGCCCCUACCUCUGGUAGGUGGGAUAUCCCGGUCCCUGUUCAAGAAAACAGAAGCAAAGAAACUGUUAAAAAUAUCGGCUUCCUUCUCUGGUGUAGCUACAAGAUUACCGUUUGCGUCUUGCAGGGGCCCUACGUUGCCUGGUGUCCUCUCCUUUUUCCCAAUAUACUUGAAAAAGGGCUUUUUGUUCUUAAUCCUGGAUGCCAGCCUGUAGCUCCAUUUUUGUCUUAGCCUUCCUAAUAGCCCUCCUAUGCUCCUGGGCCAAGGAGUACUUCUCCUUGGUGACAGCUCCUCCCUUCCACUGGUUGUAUACCCCCCUUUUUAGUCCUCAGGCAUUGCUGAAUGCCCUUGCUGAGCCAAGGGGGUUUCUGAGCACUCGUACCCCGCUUGCUUCUCUCAGGGACUGUUAUCCUUUGGGCCUGGAGGAUCGCCCUCUUAAGGUACAACCUUCCCUUGUGGACGCCCAUCUCCUGUGCGUCCACAAGUGACUCCCCCACUAGUCUCCUAAGCUCAUUGAAGUUGGCCCUUCUGAAGUCAAGAUCUUUAGCCUUGGUGUGAGCCCUUGACGACCUGCAUUGGAAAGGGAAAUCCAGCAGGCGAUGAUCGCUAUUGCCCAGGUGGUCAAGGACCUGCAGUCCCCUCACCAGGUCAUCCCCCCUGGUCAGGACCAGGUCCAGCAAGGCAUUACCCCUAGUGGGGCUGUGCACUUUCUGGAUAAGGUGAAGGUCCUGUAAUACAGCCAGGAACCUACGCGAGCGGUCAGACCUGGCUGUCUGCUCCUCCCAGCAAAUGUUGAUUUGGGAUCCCUUGGUUCAGAUUCCAGAGACCCAAAGAGCCGCUGAGCAAGGUGAUUUUGGAGGUGGGGAUUUAGAGUCGAGCUGCACGUACCACCUCUGGCAGCCUGUGUCAGGUUUAUUGCUAACUUGCUGGCACUCUCCCCAUCUUCCUAAGGAAAAACCGGUGGUUUUACUGGCCUGUAAGAGCCCAAGAAGCUUCUGAAUAUUUGAAAUGGGCCUUUGUGGUGGGCCAGUUUGGAGCACUCCUGUGCUGAGCCACUCGCCUCACUGUGCCCCACCAAAAACCAAGCUUUGGCUUCCUCCCCAGGGGCACGAACUUCUGGCCGACCCUCUCCCUGGAGCACCCGCAAGCCUGGGGUAAGUGCUGCUACCACCCAGGGUCUGGUCUUUGUCCAGGCUCUGUGCCCCCCAUGGUACACAGGCCUUGUAGAGCUUGCGGGUGCUUGACCCACUGUGAAAUCUUGGGGUGCUUCCUUUAGCCUGAAAUACUCAUAGUAGUCUCCCUUAGUUAGCUGAGGGAAGGGGGCUAAAGGGCGUACCUAAUCCCUCUCAAGCAGAUCCAGCAAGGUUUGGUGUAAUGGACCACUUUAUUCCUUGGAGAAUAAAGUGCAGGCAUGGGGAGGGGGUACAAGUCAGAGAAAUAUCAAAAGAGAAUCCCAGAGCAAACAGAAACGGCUUGGUAGCCUUUUGACAAGCAACGAAAACACUGGAUUGUAAAUCCCAAGCUACAUUUCAGGUAAAUUGCUCACAGUUCGCUCCAGGAGCUGACUGACCCUGCUCUAGAGGCAGCAUAGCUUGCUGGCUGUGCCCCCAAUACGUGUCUCCUCUCCUUCCAGGAAGAAGGGACCUUACAUGUCCAUCAUGACCUCAUCACUAUGUUCCCACCACAAACCAGUAUCCUCAGACCACGGCUGAUGCCGGUUGGUCAGUUUGAAAAACAUCAACCUCAAGGCGGGGUUUAGGGUUACACGGGACAUGGGAGAGCGAGCUCCCCUUUUCCUCAGGAACAUCUCCAGCCCAGGUCAGGGCAGCUCAGUGGUAAAGGAAGCAGAUGCGGGGAGGGGCUGCCUGCUUCCAGCAGUGGGGCAGAGUGGGGGGUGAUUUCUCCACAGCCUUCACCUCUGCCCCUGUGCUAGCCCGUCCAGACCCCGUAUCGCUUGUGGUAGAACUGGAUGCAUCCAGCACUGUAAUAGGUCUGGGCCUCUCCCAAAAGCAAGGCCCAGACCAAAUCCUGGAUCCAUGCAUCUUCUUUUUUCUUAAUCUCACCCCAGAGGAAAAGAACUCUUGAUCUGUCCUGUGAACUCAUGGGCAUGAGAAUGGCUUUUGGGAUGUGGUGGCAAGAGCCAUGAUACAAAGUACAGGUUCUUACAGAUCACAAAUACCUAGUUGCCAACCUGCAUCCCUAGAAACUAGCCCAAAAAGCAACCCCCGACACCUCCGGAAGUCUCCCCUAAUCACCCUUUGUAAAAUGAGAACUUUUACAAUCUUUGUAUUCUCCCUUGCUGGAGGAAGGGCAUGUGAGCCAAAAAGCUUGCAGCUAAAGAUUGUUUGUUUUUGUUUUUGCAACAUUGGUCCAAUAAAAGACAUUGCCUCUA